GGUUGUUUCGUCGUUAGUUUACCGGAGCCAGAUGCCGAGUGAGUGUCGUGUGUGCGUGCGUUUAAACUAACUCGCUGCGUGUCUAUUGCAGUGUUUUGAGCUUUUAAAUGCCAAAAAUCGGGCUAAUUUGAACCAGCUGUGAUAUCCUGUUUGCCGGGAUUUUAGUGUUCUUAAUGUUAAAGUUUUAAGUUUCAUUCAUUUUUUCAUAAUAAGCUGUACAAUGCGCAAUUUAUAGUGUUCAUUUUUGCUUCCAUUUUUAUGCCAGUUUAGCUAUUGUUUUUGUUUAAUUUUCUUUCAUUUUUGCAAUGUUUUAAUUUUUUGUAAUUAUUUUGAAGUUCUUAUUGCUACGGGAUGUUCAUCUUUGGAUUAAUCUACUGAGGUUAGCUACUACAAGAACAAAUACACGCCACAAUGGAGCCGGUAAGAUCACUAUAACACAUUCAGCGAUCGUGCCAAUGGGACGAGCGAUGCACGUAAACCAAAGGAUAUAAAAAUUUCGCCAACGGAUAAGGGGUUGGUGCAGACGAGUAAACGUACGACGUUGGAUUACUUUUCAUCAUCUGCGUCCUCGAUACGAGGAAAAUCAUCGGAUUCGAUGCAAGUGGAUCGAGUUUUAGCUGCUUUUCUAAGUUGGGAAAACAAAGCGGAAAGAAAUGCUGCGGAACAGUCUUCAGUGAACGUGACAGCCGAUGAUGCGGUCGCUGAAAAUGGAUCCGAAGUCGCUGCUUACCAACCCCGCGUAUCCUCUCCGCCGGUCGCCUUUUCGGCCGGAUCUCAAAGAUCUAAUUCGCCGACUAGCGUGCUUCAAUACGAGCCGCAAGUUAGAAAAUGCCCACCGGUAUCUCUGGUUGCCGAUAAAUAUAUGAUAUUAGAUGAAUUAGAAGGCAGUUCUUUGAAUAUGUGUGUGAAUAUACACACGAAAGAAGAUUUCGUUUGUAAGAUAGUACCGAAAGAAAACAGCUCGAAUCUUUUAUCGGCGCAUUAUUUACUAGAUUCUCAUCCGCACAUAAAUAAAUUACACGAAGUGAUAUUAGGAGAUAAGUUCCUGUAUUUGAUAUUUCCUCCGUCUCACGGAGACCUACAUUCAUACGUACGUCAAAGAAAAAGAUUAAAAGAUACAGAAGCUAAAAAAUUAUUCAAACAGAUCGUGGAAACGGUCAGAGCCUGUCAUGAACAAGGCAUCGUCCUCAGAGAUCUCAAAUUAAGAAAAUUCGUGUUCGCCGACUCUCAAAGAACGCACAUACGAUUAGAAACGUUAGAAGAUGCUAUAUUAUUAGAAGACAUUCAUUCGGAUGAAUUGCAAGAUAAAAGAGGCUGUCCGGCCUACGUCAGUCCGGAAAUAUUACGAAGUCAUGCCAAGUAUUCUGGUAGAGCAGCCGAUAUAUGGAGUUUGGGCAUUAUUCUGUACACUAUGUUAGUAGGAAGAUAUCCAUUUAACGAUCUACAUCAUUCUUCGUUAUUUGCAAAAAUAUCUCGCGGAUAUUUCACAAUACCGGAAAAUCUAUCUCCUAAAGCUAAAUGUUUGAUUAGAAGUUUACUGCGACGAGAUCCGAACGAACGGCUUCCAGCAGGCGAUAUUUUAGAUCAUCCUUGGUUUACUCAUCGCUCAAAAUACUAUUCUUCGUCUCACGACAAUGAUCAAAUUGUUCCCGAUAUCGAUCGACUAUGAAUGUAUUUAUUGAUUUCUUAUUAUUUAUUUAUGUAUACUUACGAUGAUUGUACAUAUUACGUUCUGAUGAUGAUGAUGAUGAUGAUGAUGAUGAUGAUGUUUAAAUUUAUAAGAUGUUAUGUUCUCUGUGUAAUAGUGUAACGAUGCUGUUAACUAUUUUUAUUACUUAUUAAGUUGAAAAUUCGGAUAAAUGCUAUCGUGAUUUUUUCCUACAUGCUGCAAAACGUGUGUAGGUAUGUAAGAAGGAUAAAAUUUUAUUUUAUUUUUGUUUGUUUAGGUGCUAAAGUGAUUUAAUGAUCUGUUCGUAUGUAGGUAGGUAUAUAUGGAUUCUAAGAAAUCGAGGUCUUUCAAGGUGCUGCAAUUAAUAAUUAAAGCACUGGUAUAGAAAAGGAACCGUUGAAAAUUAUUUAUUAGCAUUAGGUGUGCGGAAAGCUGUACUGAUUAUCAAUUGAAACAUUUGUGAUUUAUAUUUUUUAAUUAGGACGAUGUUGUGUUGUUUGAAAUUUAUAGGUCAUUGAUUUUACUCUUUUAUUUCCUCCUUUUUUUUUCUUUCCUUUUACGAUCAUUUAUCCGAAAUGUCUUUCACAAAAUUAUCACGCAUAUUUGAAAAAAAAUGAAUUAAAUUUAUAUAGGAAAUCAGUUACGUAUUAGAGCUUUUUUUUCGUGACAGGGGGAGGGGGUUGGGAAAAAAUUUGCCAAUAGAUUAGUGAAAAAAAAUAUAUCGCUUAUUUGCUCAAUUUAAACGGAUAAUCUGUCUUGAAAAAAUAUCAAUGAUCUUGAUACAAAUAAACUUGGAUGUUCGCGUGGUCUUUUACAAGUUGAAGUAUUAACAUAAUAUUUAUUUACUAAUAUUAUGUUUAAUAAUUAAUGUUUUUUAAAAAAACGUGGUCGUUUAUUUUAAAAAAUUCCGUUUUUUUUCUAGAAUAGUUUUGUAAAAAGUUGUCUCUUUUUUUGUGUGUGUGUUUGUGUGAAUUGUGCGUUUAAGAAGCUUAUCUUUGUUAAUUUUUACGAUAGAGUCAUUGUUUUUAAGUACGUAUUUUGUAAGAAUUUAAAUGUUAACUCAAUAAUUAGGAACAAUUUUUACCUAUUAUUUGAAAGAAAUACUACCUACCAAUUUUGAUCGGUUCCCUAAUUGAAAUGUCGUCGUAUUUGCAGGCCUAUAAUUAUUGCCGGAUAACGUCUUCCUAGUGCCUAGUUUGUUUUGUCGGGAUUACUUUAUUACUAUGAUAAUGUAUAUCUAUUUCUUUUCUUUUGUUUUUUGAGAUAAUAGUCAAUUUGUAUACAUUGUACCUUGCAUCCAAUGCCGGAAUUUUAAUAACGUACGGAACCUGCGUACGUGUAUUUCUACUAUAAUAUUUUCUUGUAACCAAUCCAAAAAGUUUUUGCCGGGAUGUUACAUUCAUUUUGUUUAUUAUUAAUGUAAAGUUUACCAAGUAGCUUUUUAUAUUUUUUUCUUAUCUAUUGUACCUACAUUUUACUAUUUCCCUCGGUCGGUCGUUUUUGUCUUUACUUUUUUUCUUUUUCGUUCCAAUUUUAUCUGCAACUUAUUGUUUUUUUCUUUUUUAAAUUCGCUGCAUAUCAGAAUUUUUUUGCCAUGUUUUCAUCGUCGUGAAUACGAAAUACUGUGAAAUUAUGUAUUGCCAUGCGCUUAAUGUACUUAUUUAAGUAAAGGGAGUUUUAAUUUAUGAACAGAGUGUCUACCUGGUUCAGAAAAAAAUUAAAAAUUUGAAGUAUAUGUGAAUUUACGUUGAAAUUUUAAUUUUGAUUUUUUGGCUCAUUUAAAUUCAGUUUUUGGAUCGAUUGAAAUUUAUUAAAAUUCAAAAAAUAAUUAUUUAUUACUCAUCUCAAUCUUGUUUAAAUUUUUGGUGUUUUUUUUUUCAAAUAGAAGAGAAGGGAAAAACGGAGGGAAGGAGGAAAGGAAAUUAAUGUUGAAAAAAAUAUUUUAAAAAAUCUAGUAGACACUCUGAAGAGCAAUUUUUUUUGGUUAAAUUUCUGUUGUCAUAUUUUUAAUUUAUCUGUCGUCGAAUCGAAUUCCUAUUAAAUUUAAUUAUUUUUUUUUGUUUUUCGAGGAAAAAUUGCGCUGAAAAUUUGACUAAAUAUACGAUUAGUCGCGGUACUUGAAUCAUAUUUAGUUGUAUUUCUUCAGUGCCAUGUAUAUCGAUCAGUAUUUAAUGAUUUUUAAAAAUAAAUACCUAACUUAUAUAAUAUUUUAUAACUACGUUAUUUUGGUAUGUACAUCAGCGUGAUUUCGCUGAUUUAUCGUGAAAAUAACGUUACGAAUUUUUGAUGCUAUCGGUUAAAGACUUUUUUGAAAAAAGAAAAAAACUACAUUACCGUUCAGUAUUAGUGAAAAAUAGGCAAAUGGCACAUAUUUUUUUUGGCUGUGUUGGUUAUACUUAUACUGACGGAGAUUCAAGUAUUGCGAUAUUAAAAGAUGGAAAAAUGCUUUUGAAAAUUGAGUUUUGAAUUUUAUUGUUUUUUUUCCUAGUUGAAAUUGAUUUUUGUUUCUUUCGAUUUACAUACUAUUCACGUGCCUCUUUUUUUUGUUUAGAAGUUUUAUAUUUUUUGCUGAUAAGCAUAUGAAAAAAAUUGAAUUUUGAAAUUAUUAUCACUCGCAAGAGGUUACUUUGACGAGUUCAGCAUAUAAUUUUUUUGUAUCUCAGGUUUUUAUUAAUUUUUAAAACUUUUUUGUUUGUUUUUUUUUUUAAAUUAUACAUUCAUUUGACAUUUUUUUUCCUUCUUUGUUUCUAUUGUGUAAAAAAUAUAUUGCCCACCGAAAUGGGUGAAUUGAAAAUGUGUUGCUGUAAAAUAAAGUCGUUCCUAGUAAA